AUGCAUUUUCUCGUUCGACUGUACACUACUGGCUCUCUUUUCUUUUCCAUUCUAUUUCUUUGUGUCGCUUUCCUCGUCAUCUUCGACAUUUUCGAUGAAAUUAACGAGUUCUGCGGAGUGAUGGAGAACGAUCUGAAAAAGUUCAAGGUAUUCCGUCUGCGCCCACCCGAUUCCAUUCCAUUCUCUGUUCAGUUCUACGCUUCUGGCGCCUCUCGAACAAUGGACGGAAUAGACAAACGACUACUCUUUGGAGGCGCUGUUUCAGUCUGA